ACGUUUAGUUGGGUGUUCACAAGUUGUCGAGACAUCGUGCUGUGCAGCCGAGUGAUAUCCGCAUUCGGUGUACAUUGCAGUCUGUUCUAGAGGUGCACACGCGCAGAACAUCACGUUCAUCGGAUUGCGUGUCGUGAGUCAUUGUUGUGUUGACAGUUGAUCCAGAUCGGUCCUCGUGUCGCCGUCGGCCUCUGAAAUCAAAACGAACAGGCACGACUUGCAUCUAUGCGCGACGCGUUUGCGAACCGCGUAGUCAGUGAACGAAAUACACAUCUUUUGCGUCUCAAUUUCGACUUAUAUCGUUAAAAUAUAUGUGGCGAGUAUUACAAACAUAAUAGGUGGUUUAUGAAUCGUAUCCAGAGUGUGGAUCGAACAACAUUUGAUGACGACUGACCGUGUAGAGAGUGCGAUAAAAAAAAGCUGUACUAGCGUCGAUGAAUUUCUUGAACACGGUCGUCGCAUGGUUAUGUAACAAAGAGUGAAAAAAAAAAAAGAAAAACUAGAUACACGAAAGUGCUCGGGUAGAAAACGCGGACGCAUAGUGAAUACAAGAGACGAGUACAGAUACAUAAAGAGACGAUCGAUCAUCGAACGUGACCGAUCGCGCUUUUCCAGUGGCGGUGAGUGUGUGCGCGUGUGUUGAGCGACGGAGUUAGCGAUACAUAGUGUUCCAGUCGCGCACGGCUCGUUUUCAGAGCUGUAAACUUUCAAUCGUCACGCAGUGAGUCCCGCGGCAUCGAUGGUGCGAAGUUCGACAAUGGAGCAAACGUUCUACGAGGACACGAGCGUCUACGGCGCCGUGAAUCGCGAGAACAACAUGGGUCAACUGAAGCGUAAUCUUACGCUAGAUUUGAACGAAUGUCAAAGACAAGGACCUGAAGCGAAAAAGCCGCGAUUAGGACCUAUACCAGCAGCGUUAAAUAAUGUUACUCCAAUUUUGAGCUCACCAGAUUUGAACAUGUUGAAACUGAGUUCUCCAGAAUUGGAGAAGUUCAUUAUCGCCCAACAAGAUAGUCUUGUAACGAAUUUAGUGACGCCUACGCAAAUCUUGUUCCCGAAAGCAGUCACCGAGGCGCAAGAAUUGUACGCUCGAGGUUUCGUCGAUGCUUUGAACGAGUUACAUCAUUCGGAUAGUUCACAAGAACCUGGCAGUAUUCAUGGAGCUACAUAUACAACUUUGGAGCCGCCGAACAGUGUACAAAGUACAGAAUCGUCAGUGAGUCAAGGUGUAAUGCAGAUCAAGGAUGAACCCCAAACAGUACCAAGCGUAUCGAGUUCACCUCCGAUGUCUCCCAUCGACAUGGAGAAUCAAGAAAGGAUCAAGUUAGAGAGGAAACGUCAAAGGAAUCGCGUGGCAGCAUCCAAAUGUCGCAGGCGUAAGCUUGAACGUAUUUCCAGGCUGGAAGAUAAAGUUAAAUUGCUAAAGGGCGAGAACAGCGAAUUAAGCGCUGUGGUGCAUAGAUUGAAAGAGCACGUGUGCCGGUUAAAGGAGCAGGUGAUGGACCACGUGCAUUCUGGUUGUCAGAUCAUGGCAGUUUCGGGUCAGUUCUGAGCCGACGGCAUCGGGCGGGACUCUCCGACGUAUAUUGUUUCGUCUGAUGGUGUCUAUGGUCGCUUUUACAGAUGCGACGAUAUUGUAUUCUGUUACCGAAACGAGGAGCUUUUACCAUGGAAUAUCGAUGUCGUUUGGAUUACGUCGUUUUCGAUUUCUCGUUUGUUUCAUUGUUUUCGGGAAAAGAGGACACGGUGAUGAUCGUGCUUAACGAUGUAAAAGAAAAAAAAGAAGAGGGAGGAGAAGAAGAAGAAGAAGAAGAAAAAGGGAGUGCCUUGAUGUACCGGAUGACGUAAAAUAGAGAGACGCAUUUUUUUUAUUUAAAAAAAAACAAGAAAAUAAUCAUCCGUAUACUCGCGUGUCUCUUUGUGUCUGUCUGCUUUUUAUGCAUACAUGAAACGCGUUGCGUGACGAUUAUAGAAAGACUGUAGGGAAAGUGGGAACCGUGGUGGAAAA